GUUAGACAUAAGUACUGAGCAAACUUUCAUUUCAGAUUAGAAGCUGCGUAGGACUGCACACCAUCAUUCUGAUAUUGGAAAGACUUCUUUUUUUACAGUCAUGAAAGUGCUUGUACUUGUUGCAGUGGUCGCCUUGAUUCAUGGCAGUGAUGCCACUUUGCUCAUUAAAGGGCCAACCGAGCCGAUUCUGGAGGGAGUGGAGUUCAAACUGGAGUGUCUGUACUCAGACUCUGAAUUCAACAUCAGCCAAGUCCACUUUGAGAUCUUCUACAGGUACAUGCAGGAAUGGCAUCCAGUUCGGGAGCGAUCUUGGUGCUACUAUUCCAUGAAAAUCGAGCAGACUGCCGAGAGUCUUGUCAUGACUAUCCCCCGAGCAGGAAGGUACUCUGAGGGGCCCUACCGCUGUGUGUCCAACGCCGACAAUGUGACUGCACCAGACAACUCCUCCCAAGAGCUGGCCAUCAAAGUACACUAUAUGGGAGAGCUGUCAGUGUCCAGGGAGGGCUUCACCAGCUACCUGGGUGUCCCACAGGACCUGAAGGUGCGAGUUGGAGAUGACGUGGUGCUCAAGUGCUCUGCCAGCUCAUCAGAAGAGCCAAGCUACUCCUGGAAUAAGAACGGUAACGACUGGAUCCUGCCUUCCUCCACACUCACGCUGAAGAAGGUGAGCGAGGCAGAUGAGGGAACGUACACUUGCAUGGCCGAGCAUCCCUCCAUGGCGUCACUCAACAAGAAACGCACCAUCAGCAUCACCGUGCUGUCCGCUGAUGCCCCCUGGUAUGAGUCUAGUAAUGGCCGUCUCAUGUUGAUGACCUCGGCUGCAGCUGUGUCUCUCCUGGUGUUCAUCCUCUCCAUGACUGUGUUCCUGUGCCGCAGGGCCAAGCAGACCAAGACCAGCAAGGGACCCAUUGAUGACCGGUCUCAGAAGAAGCCCAUCUACAAAGCCAGUGUGGAAUCCCUGCCCUCCACCUGUGGAGACAAGCAACCUCUGGUGUAACUGCACAGGCAGGUGCAAGGAUGAAGAGGCUGGGGGUAGAAGAUGGAAGGAGAGAGACGAGGAAGAUGUAGUGGGUGGCCAGAAAAUGAGCGAUUCUUAAAGCGGGAGGAGGUGGUAUAGGAUUAUGGAUAGCCAUGCUGAGGGAGGAGAGAGGGAAGGAAGGGGGGAGACAAAGAGGGAUAUUUGGUUACUAUAGCAAGAGCAAAAUCUAAAUCAGUAGCAAGAUAAGUGUAAAAAAAAAAAAAUCCUGAAGGGCAAAUGAUUGCUUUAGAGACAUAAAAGCUGCUUUGCUUGUGGGUGUGUACUGCAGUUAUGCAUCUUUGACAAAAAGGUGGCCAAUUUCUCAUCAUUUAUUUUUGCAGUGCAGAAAAUUGUGAGCUACGUUAUUAGUGAAAAUGAUGGGAGGGUGGCUAUUGUGUACUGCAAGAGCUGUACUGCGAGGCCUCCUUGUGCAAUUCUUUCCUUUCCGUAAAAAGAAGAAGAAAAAAAAAACACAUAAUUGCUCAGCUGUGUAUUAUGAAUGAGCCAUUUGGGUAAUAAGACGGGGUUUUAGUUCGCUGCUUUGUUUCUCUUUCAAUCUGUUUUCCAAAGCAGAACCAGCUCAAAGCACCUAUGAGAAGGUCAUUAUAAUCUCUUUACUGUGACAGCUAUCAAGCACAUUGCACUGUUAUUUAAUUUACUGUACCUUGGAUUACUUUGAUAUUAAAUGGCUUUUGAGAAAA